AUGUCAAUCAAAGCUGCAAAAGAAAAAAAAAAGUGGAAAUAUAUCUGCCUAUGCGAUAAAAUUUCACAAACACAUGAAUUUAAUGAUAACCAUCCACUUGGUAUUGCUUCCUCCAGGAAUUUAAAUCCGAUUCUGGAAGCAUUCAUUCCGGAAGCAUUCACAUGUAAAUACAAGAUUAACGGAAAAUGUCAUAAUGAGCUGAUAAUUUCCAUAACAAGCCUAAUGAUGGAAUAUAAUUAUCAUAAAUGGCAGCAUAAUUCAUUUGAACAAUCAUUAUCACGUAUCACUAACUUUUACGCUUGGUUCAAGUAUAAUAUAAUAAAAUGUUUCUUAUGUGGUUGUUUUUCAAAACCUACCAAUUUCAAAUUAUUAUCAACCACAUUAUCAUCAACAUUUUCAACAUUGGAUGAACCAGAUCUGUUUGAUAUUGAUACCAUAAAGGACAUUAAUGAUAACGAUGGAAUAGGACUAAAUCAACAAUGUAAAUGGAAGCCAGAUUUUAAACGAUACAAAGAUCAAA